AUGCAUGUUAGUGGACAUGGAGAAGGACCCGGAACCGCCGAGCAUCUGGACACGUGGCAAUUGUUGAAUAGACAGACAUCAUCUGAAAGAACGAAACUCGAGGAGGACCUUGAAGUUGUCGCGCGACGACUAGCAUCCUCAUCCGACUCUGGCGACAGUUCGUCGUCUGACUCCGGAAGCUCCAAUGGCGACGGAGGUGGCAGUGGCGGCGACGGAGGGUCAGGACACGGGUCCGGCAAGAAAGGAAAGAAGAAGAAAUCUUCCUCCUCCUCUGAUGGCGGUAACGAUGAAUAUUCCAACGAGGACGACUACAGCGAGGGCGGCGGUAGCGAGGAAGACUAUAACGAAGACGACUACGUGCCCGAUGACGGGAGCACGGAGGGUGAAGGCCGGAGAGAGAGGGGUUCGGGAUCGAGCAGGAGAAAGAAGGGAAAGAAGAAGGGAAAGAAGGGAUCAAGCAGUAGAGGAGGGGACGGAAAGAAGGGGAAGAAGGGGAAGAAGGGAAAGAGAGGAAAGAAAGGGAAGAAAAAGGGCGACUCGACGCCGCCAAUUGCGGGCGAUCCAACCACCCAACUCCCUCCCGUUACAAUCGUCCCCCCGUUCACGGUGAAAAAUCCCCCGGUUAUAUCAUUCCCGCCGAAAAUCACCAAUCCGAAACCCGUCGAUCCAUCACCAGCUCCCCCGGUCGGUCCCCUCAUACCCGAUAAUGUCAACCCGUUACCGUUCGAUCUCAUCCCUGUACCCCAACGAACAACCACCGAUACGUUCACGCUAAACCCGUUUAAAGGCAGAGUCGCGGAUUUCCCAUUGGAGCCUAGUCGUAAGGACCCUAAAGCGGGUCUGAUAAUAAAGCCAAAACCGAAAGUGCCGACUCUCCCGCCAAAACCGAAGGUGCCGACUCUGCCGCCCGCACCGAAACCCAAGGUGCAGAUCCCGCCGAAUAUUCCGCCGGCGACGGGAGAAGACAACCCGUUCGCAAGUCCGUUUGACCCGCCGCCCAACCCGAACGGCCCGCUGAACCCGACUGACCCCGUGAAUCCGCUCAAUCCGCUGCAGCCGCUGUCGCCGUCGCCGCCCGUGGCUGCUCCCAAGCCUUCUCCGCCUCCAGAUGAUGGUGCCGGUAUCCCCAACACCACCGUCCCUCAGAUGCUCCCCGAUUCCUACAACGCCUCAACAGUCAUCAAGCCAAAAACCACCACCACCACAACCGCCCCUCCCGCGCCUCCCAACGACGCUGGAGUCAACACGCUCAUGGUCGUGCUGAUGGUGACCAUUCCCCUGGGUGCAGCAGCGGUGAUUACAAUGGGUAUGCUGGGGUGGAGUCAGUACAAGAAGUGGAGCAUGAGUUCCCAAGGCCCUGCCACUGCUGGGAGAGGAGGUGGUGGGCUUGGUGGUGGGGGGUAUGAGACCCUAGGAGGAGGGCCGUUCAACCGAUAA